AUGCACCCAUCACCUAAAACCCUUGUCGUCUUUGGUGCAACUGGCCAACAAGGAGGAUCUGUUAUCAACUUUGUCCUUGAUCAUCCAGAACUAUCUAGCCAAUACAAGAUUCGAGCUGUGACACGCGUCCCAUCGAAGCCAGCUGCUCAAGCCUUGCAAGAGCGAGGAGUCGAGGUCGUUAAAGCAGAUCUGUAUGAUAGAGAAUCGCUCGAUAAAGCUCUCAGAGGCGCACAUACUGUCUUUGGGAUGGUUACCACGACCUAUGAUGACAGUAUCUACACUAAAGAAAUUAUCCGAAGCAAGAACUUAGCAGACGCAGCCGUAGCUGCAGGUGUCCAGUAUAUCAUUUACAGCAAUGAUGGAACCUAUGUGAUAUUCAAUACUGUUCCUCCUCAGAGUGCGAUUGAGUGCUACGAUCCUGUUGCUGACACUGGCAAGUUUACAAAUGUUAUCCUUGCUGAACCGGAUAAAUUUGAAGGCAAGACUCUGUGUGCAGCAGCAUACUCUUACUCGUUUGAAGAUAUAGCAGAGCUGAUCAGUACAGCAUCAGGCAAGACUGUCAAGUAUAAGCAGAUUUCUGUAGAUGAGUAUGAUCGUAUGAUGCCAGUUCAAAACAGAAUUAUCGGUGACCUUAUGCUUUACGUGUCAGAACAUGGUUGCUUUCAUCCGAAUGAGGAGGAGCAUGAAUGGGCGACCAAGCAUAUCGGCAAGUUGACCACGUUUGAAGAAUACCUCCAGAAGAACCCACUCGAGCUGCAGUGA